AUGGGUCUCCCACGAUACGACGACCCAGCCGGCCUGGUCGCGGGCACUGUGAUCCUCCAGGCCAUCUCCAUCACCUGUGUCGGGCUCCGGUUCUACACGAAGCGAUGGAAGCGACAGGAGUAUCUCGUGAGUGACUGGUUGAUUCUGUCGGCCCUGAUCUUCGGGAUCGGGUUGAGCGUCAUCCAGAUCUAUGGAAUCGCAAAACAGGCGUUUGGGUAUCCCCUCGGCGCGACAAUCCAGGACCCGUACGCGGUCACCGGGAGGUUGAACUUGGCGAAACAUCUCGAACUGGCCUACCUCCUCGUUGGCAUCGUCGCUCUCGGUCUGAUCAAGUUGUCCAUAUGCUUCUUCUACUGGCACCUCUUUGCCCGCGUCAUGUUUCGCCGCUUUCUCAUGGUCUGGAUUAUCGUCAUCAUCAUCUGGGCGACCGCGUUUGUGCUCUCCGGCCUGCUCGAGUGUGGCUCGUAUCUGUUGGCUCUGUUCGGGACACCCCAAGAGUACCUUGACCACUGUGGCAGCGCCAUACCCGCAGGUUAUGCGAUGGUUGCCAGUGACAUCCUGACGGAUUUUGUCACGUUGAUGAUUCCGAUCCCGGUCAUUUUGACACUGCAGACUAGCACGCGGACCAGGAUUUUGACUCUGUUGACCUUCAUGAUCGGUGCUUUGUCCGUCGGCGCUUCUAUCGCCAAGGGCUACAUCUACAUCACUGCCACACUCGGUCUCUACACUGAAGACGCCAUCUCCAUCCUCACCGGUAUUGGCAUCUGGAACCUUGUCGAAGUCCAAGUCGGUAUCAUCGCUGCCUGCGGUCCUACCCUACGUCCCGUACUCGGUCGCAUCUUCCCAGGCGACUUCGCCUCACUGGCUUCGAUGCUCGGCCUCUCCAAGUUGUCGAGCAAGCUGUCCAGCAAACCCUCAUCGGAUCAGCUCCCCAGCUUUGUGAAGACGCCGGGUAGCGGGAGCGAGGAGAAGUUGGGGAGGACCACCUCAGAGGGGGGGUCGCACCGGUCCCGGGAGUCGUCGGUGAGGGGGGUAGACACGGAACAUGAGUUGACGACGGUGGAUUUGGGCGGGAGGGGCGGGUCAAGGGUUUAA